AUGGACGAUACCGCUGCGAUUUUGGGGUGCAUUUUAUUAGGGAUACUGGUGUUUGCUUUAUUGUUUAAUACAUGGCGAUAUCGAGCGUUGAAACAAAUCCCGGGCAUCGAGCCAAGUUAUCCUCUGAUUGGAAACGCAUUUCUCUUCACCGGAGCAAAUGCCUACAAAAGGUGCUUCCGGAACGAAAACCGGAUGACGAAAAUCUGGCUUGGGCCAAUUCCGGUGAUUAACGUACAACACCCGGAGCUGAUUCAAAAAGUGCUGACAGAGUGUUUGGACAAACCGUUCGCGUACGACUAUCUGGAGCUAGGCGCCGGUUUAUUAUCCGGACGGGAUGGGCGAAUUUGGAAAGAGCACCGCAAAACGUUGAGCCCACUUUUCAACACCCGCAUAUUGAACAGCUUCAUUCCGAUAUUCGAGAGGGCAACUGGUGAAGUUUUGCUCCAGCUGGACAAGGUAUCGGAUGGACGGGAUGUCGAUCUGAUGGAGUACAUUAGUCAGUGCAGCGCUCAUAUGGUGCACGGCACUAUGGUGAAUAUUGAUAGACAACCGGACGAACUGUAUCGGUUAUUAAUCACUAAUUUGGAAAUCAUCCUGGACUCGCUGGGAAAGCGUAUCCUGAACGGCCUGUAUGCACUGAAGACCUUCUACAAAAUGAGCACAGUUUACCGCAACGAAUGGCGGUCCAGAAGGUUGUGCUACGCAACAGUAAACGAUGUAAUCAGGGAAAUGCGAAUGAACAUCCUGAACCGUCCAAAGAGUGCGCCUGGGCAGGUCAGCACAAUGGAAACAAUGAAAUCGAAAGCCUUUGUAGAGCGACUGCUAACGAUUCAGCACAAGGGGCGCGGCUUCACCGACGAGGAAAUUGUUAACCAUGCCUACACGAUGCUCGUUGCUGGCUACGAAACUUCUGCUCUACAGCUAACCAACAUUUGUUUAAUGCUGGCCAUGCAUCAAGAGAUUCAGGAAAAGGUUUUCCAGGAAAUAAAAACUACAUUCCCAACUCUAGAGGCGCCCAUUACUCCGGAGGCUUUGAAGGCGCUUCCGUUUUUGGAUAUGGUGAUUCACGAAACAAUGCGGAUUUAUCCCGUGGCACCGCUGAUUGCCCGCCAGAGCGCGCACCCGAUCACGUUAGAUGGAGUUUGUAUUCCCAAGGGAACGAUAUUCACCGUCAAUAUAACUGCGCUGCACCGGCGAAAGGAAAUUUGGGGCGAGGAUUUUCUUCGUUUCGAGCCAGAAAACUUCGCGCCGGAAGCAGUAAGCGCCCGACACCCGUUUGCUUUUAUUCCGUUCAGUGCCGGGCCAAGAGUAUGCAUCGGCAACCGGUAUGCCAUGAUUUCGUUGCGAGUGUUUCUGGUCCGAUUACUGCAACAGUACCGAUUGAGCACCAAAUUGACUAGAAAGGAUUUGAAGUUUAAAUUUCAAGUAACGCAAAAGUUGCACAUGCCCUGUGCCGUGCAGGUGGAGAAGCGGAAUGUCUGUACCGGGAUCGAGUUCGGUACGAGGGGUGCGUUCGCAGCUGCUUAA